AUGAGUCGUUCUGUCCUGGGUCUGAGCCUGGAAGAGCAGGCCCCCCCACCCCGCAAUUUUACUCCACCCAUAUCCUGCCUAGCCCCAACACUGCCCUUAGCUACCUAUCUUUCCUCCCAGACUUCUCUGCCUCUCUCUAACUGGACACUAAACCUCUCCCCUUUUGGAGGCGGGGCCAGGCCUCUUAGCAGGAUAAAACCCCAAACGGAAGGGUGUGGUUUGGGCACAGCCCUGGCAUGGCCUGCUGGCUCCUCACUCUAUGCCAGCUCCAUGGCCAGCCCUGUGGAUGCAUCUCCAACAGGCCAUGCCAGUGGGUUGGGUCCCCACCGGAGAAAGCGGAUCACCUUCAGCAAAGGGCAGCUGCUGGAGUUGGAGCGGGUAUUUGCGGCACGGCCCUACCCUGACAUUGGCACCCGUGAGGACCUGGCCCGGGUAACCUGCCUUCCUGAGGCCAAGAUACAGGUGUGGUUCCAGAACCGGCGGGCCAAGAGAAUCAAGACUAGAAAGCCAGGACGCCUAAGUCCAAGGCCUGAGGCCCCUCAGAGACUCCAUUCCCUUCCAGACACCCUCCAGCAGUCCCGGGAGCCCCAAACAUUAGGCCAGCUUCAACCCUCUAGCAGCACACCUCAGUGCACCUCAGUGUGUCAACGUGUCUCCUGCCUGCCUCCUGGCUUGGGUCCAGGGCAGGACUGGGUAGGGGCUAAAGCUGCAGCCCCAUGGGGACCAGCUGGGGCUUCAGGGUUUCACCUUCCUUCAGAGCGACCUCCUCCCCAGACUUCACUGGGCAGCCUGUCUGACCUCAUCUAUGCCUCAGCCAUUGUCACCAACCUGGACCAUUCCUAAUCUAAGUCCAGAACUUGCAAGGCCCCACCUCUGGCCCCUGCAGCCCACCCUACCCUUUAGGAUUGAACACAUGAGUAGAUUGUGGCUCCUUCUUUUACACGAGGGUGUUCUCUUGUGGGAAGGAAGUUCAGCUCAGGGAGGAAUCCCUCGCUAUGACUAUCUUCCAGGCCAGACUAAAUGCAGGUCCUAAGGAGUGACUGGGGCCUGGCUCCUGCUUCCCAGCACCCUGUACCUCUUGAGGAAUAAGGAAGGGGUCCAUGUUUUCCAUCUCUCCUGCUAGACCUGGUAACCCAAUUCUUCUCACCCCAGCUGAGGACACCUCCUCCCUCUAAAGAUUGGGCAGCUGCCCCUCACCUUCAAGGUAGUACUAACUGCUAAGUGAGCUAGAAGAUGUGAUUGUUGAUCCUAAUUCUAGACUGCUAGAGACUAACCCUUUUAUAGUUCAGGGGCCCUUCUCCUGACCUCCUACCACUGGGACAAAUUAAUCAGAACCACAGAUCUGAAGAGGAAGUGAUAUUAAAAUUAUAAAGUAGAGAUAGCCCAGGGCUUACGCUGAUUUAAUUUUCAUAAAGAUCAGAUUGGCUGCCCUCUGACGUGGGGCUGUGGAGAAAACCUAAUAGAUUUAGAAUGGGAUGGGGGGGAUGUGUGUGUGCUUGUGACAGCACUGGGUUUUGGUAUCACUGUCAUCUGUAAUACCAACUAAUCUCCAAAUAAAACCCAAACUCUGUACCUUAAUCUGGAUUGUCGUGUGGUGCAAAUAAAUGUGGAUGAGAGGGCUGUUUGCUUUUGAAAUUUAUCUCUAUCACCUAAUCCCUAAAUAGGCCAAGUUCUACAUAGAUUCUGGGUGGGAUGUAUUACCCAGGCUCCUAGGGAUUAGUUAAGAGGGAUAGUUAAUUGAAGGGCUUAGGGCUCUUGCUGACAGACCCUGGGUAGAUGGGAUCCUCUGCUGGCAACCCCUGCUCCUGGACUCACUGGUUCCAGAACACUCCAGCUGCCUCCACUUCUGGAGCUGCUCUGCUUCAGAGAGAAAAGCAUGGAGUUUGCAAUUAGAUUCAAAUCCUGGCUUUGCUAUGUCACCUCACAACUCUCUCAAAGUCUACAAGCCUGAAAGCAGGAAUAUUGGUCUCUUCUCCGUUUUCGGAAGGAGAGCAAUAACAUAGGUGAAGGGCUUCACAUGGUGUGUGACACAUUGUAAAAGCUCUCGAUACACUAGUUCCCCCCUCCUCUCCAUACAGCAGGCCAUGAGAAAAUGAGAAGGCCUAAAACUUCUUGUUUCUCUGGCCUCCAGUCAAGCUCUCCUCCUUCUCCCUGGGAAGCCCUGGACCCAGACUGCACCAGGGAAAAGCAAGGCCUGGUGAGGCAGAGGAAGUGGCUGACAGCAUACAGACUUGCCCCUUCUGUGAUGAGAAGUGAAGGACAAGUCACCCGAUUCCUAUUUCUAACUGUGCCCUUGCACCUGGAAACCACCUUGUAUAGUGGCCAUUUCCUUGGCAGGAACUAGAUUGCUUCCCUCUCUCUCCCCAGAAGCAGCACAGUACUUGGCCCAUAAAGGACCGCUAAAUAAGUGCUCAAUGCCACAGAAGCCUUUCAGUUGGUGAGUAGAGGGUUGGGAUCAAGUAAAGACCCCAUUCUAAUGACAGGGGUGUGUAUGUGGAAUGACCCCCAUCUCAUCAUGAGAAGACACCCUGCAUCAGAAGCCGUUUGAGGCCUGCUCUUUACCUGAAAUUUGGAAGUAUUCCAACCUGAAUCCAGGUACCUAGAGGAUAUGAAAGCUUAAGUAUAUGUGGUCCCCUGGCCCAAAGAGUUCAGCACAGGUAAGUGCAGCCAGGAAUCUCUACAAAGCUUCAGUAGAGCUUUUCAACUUAAUCUUAAAAAACAGUUUAAGUGCUAGAAACACUGUAGAAUGCCACCUACAUUCUUUCUCACCAUUGACGCUUCUUCCAACCAACAACAGAAAGCUUAAGAUUUCUCAACAAAGUGAUCUAUGGAGAACAGAAGGGCCUAAAACCUGCCUUUCUCGCAUACAGAAUAUUGCACUGAGAGGCUCAGACUUGCUAUAUAUCAAGAAGAAACGGGCAAACGUUGUAGAGCAAAUGCCUAUUGAGCCAAUGAGUGUACAAUUUAUAAGAACUGAGCUCUGGAAAAAAGAAAAGACCACAGGAGCUCAU